CAUCUGGGUCGGCUCCGCCAGUUUGCCGCGCUCUCAGGGGCCAGCUCACGCCCAGGACGAUCAAAAAGAUGCACAAUGGCCCGUCGGGGCAGUGAGGGGCCGUGGCCCUCAGGCUGGACCCACCGCAGCCACGCCCCACAGCCGGUGUCCCGGGGUCCGAGUGCAACGCUACCUCGUGCAUCGGUAGGAGCCCCGGUCUGACCUGCGAGACCUACCCGCGCCCCGAGCCUCGAUGGGCCUGUGCUACAGCCUGCGGCCACUGCUCUUCGGGAGCUCAGAGGAGGCCCCCUGCGUGGCCUCGGACUCGCGCGCUGAGGAUGGCGCGCGCUGCGCCUCCCCGGCCCCUGUCCCAGUCCCGGCCCCGGCUCCGGCUCCGGCGGGGACCUUGCUCCGGAGGGGCGGCGGCCAGGACCCCGCCAGCUCGCGGCCGCCAGUGGAGCUGCAGAGCCGCCGGAGACAGGAGCAGCUGCGCGCGGAGGAGCGCGAGGCGGCUAAGGAGGCGCGGAAAGUGAGCCGCGGCAUCGACCGCAUGCUGCGCGAGCAGAAGCGCGACCUGCAGCAGACGCACCGGCUCCUGCUGCUGGGGGCUGGUGAGUCCGGGAAAAGCACUAUCGUCAAACAGAUGAGGAUUUUGCAUGUCAAUGGCUUCAACCCCGAGGAAAAGAAGCAGAAAAUUCUGGACAUCAGGAAAAAUGUCAAAGAUGCUAUUGUGACGAUCGUCUCAGCGAUGAGUACCAUAAUUCCUCCAGUUCCACUGGCCAACCCUGAAAACCAGUUCCGGUCAGAUUAUAUCAAGAGCAUAGCCCCCAUCACUGACUUUGAGUAUUCCCAGGAGUUCUUUGAUCAUGUGAAGAAACUGUGGGAUGAUGAGGGGGUGAAGGCCUGUUUUGAGAGAUCCAAUGAGUACCAGCUGAUCGACUGUGCACAAUACUUCCUGGAAAGGAUUGACAGUGUCAGUCUGGUUGACUACACACCCACAGACCAGGACCUCCUCAGAUGCAGAGUGCUGACAUCGGGAAUUUUUGAGACGCGAUUCCAAGUGGACAAAGUGAACUUUCACAUGUUUGAUGUCGGUGGCCAGAGGGAUGAGAGAAGAAAAUGGAUCCAGUGCUUUAACGAUGUCACCGCCAUCAUCUACGUGGCAGCCUGCAGUAGCUACAACAUGGUCAUCCGGGAAGACAACAACACCAACAGACUGAGGGAGUCACUGGACCUGUUCGAAAGCAUCUGGAAUAACAGGUGGUUACGGACCAUUUCUAUCAUCUUGUUCUUGAACAAACAAGAUAUGCUGGCAGAAAAGGUCUUGGCAGGGAAGUCAAAAAUUGAAGACUAUUUCCCAGAGUAUGCCAACUACACUGUCCCGGAAGAUGCAACACCAGAUGCGGGAGAAGAUCCCAAAGUCACGAGAGCCAAGUUCUUCAUCCGAGAUCUGUUUUUGCGGAUCAGCACGGCCACGGGCGACGGCAAACAUUACUGCUACCCUCACUUCACCUGCGCCGUGGACACGGAGAACAUCCGCAGAGUGUUCAACGACUGCCGGGACAUCAUCCAGAGAAUGCACCUCAAGCAGUACGAACUCUUGUGAGGGCUGCCGGCCCCUCCCACUUCCCCUCCUCAUGGCCGCCUCUCCUCCCGCCCCUCC